GACGUGCCAUAUGGGGCGGGUUCUACGUCAGAUUCCGCCCACAUCCGCUCCAGAAGUAGAUGAACUCGGAGGAGGAGUCAAGGCUGUGGAAGAAGAUGGCGGACACGGAGGGCUCGGCAAAGAAGAAAAAGAAGUCCAAGAAAGCCAUUGAAGAUGUUGGGGAAAUCCAACAGAGUGGUAACUUCUACAUCCAGCCAGAGUCCAAGGUUCCCUCCCUGGACACGUCACAGUGGCCCCUUCUACUCAAGAACUUUGACAAGCUGAACAUCAGGACGGCGCACUACACUCCCUUGCCCAAUGGCAGCAACCCCCUGCAGAGGAACAUCCAGGACUAUGUCAGGUCAGGGUUCAUCAACCUGGACAAACCAGCGAACCCUUCGUCUCACGAGGUGGUGGCGUGGAUCAGGAGGAUCCUGAGGGUGGAGAAGACAGGUCACAGUGGGACGCUGGACCCCAAAGUCACUGGCUGCUUGAUCGUGUGUGUGGACCGAGCCACGCGACUAGUCAAGUCCCAACAGAGUGCAGGGAAAGAGUAUGUGGGGAUCGUUCGGCUGCACAAUGCUAUAGAGAGUGAACACACACUUGCCAGGGCCCUGGAGACACUGACCGGUGCCCUGUUCCAGCGGCCGCCAUUGAUCGCUGCGGUCAAACGUCAGCUCAGAGUGCGGACCAUCUACGAGAGCAAGCUGAUAGAGUAUGAUCCGGAACGGAGGCUCGGUAUCUUCUGGGUCAGCUGUGAAGCUGGAACCUAUAUCCGGACUCUCUGUGUGCACUUGGGUCUGCUGCUGGGGGUCGGAGGUCAGAUGCAGGAGCUGCGGCGGGUGCGGUCAGGAGUCCUCGGGGAGAAGGACAACAUGGUGACCAUGCAUGAUGUGCUGGAUGCCCAGUGGCAGUUCGACCACAACAAAGAUGAGGCCUACUUGAGGAGAGUCAUCUUCCCUCUGGAGAAGCUGCUGAUUUCCCACAAACGCUUGGUGAUGAAGGACAGCGCUGUGAAUGCCAUCUGUUAUGGAGCCAAGAUCAUGUUGCCCGGCGUACUACGGUAUGAAGAUGGCAUCGAAGUCAACCAGGACAUCGUCGUCAUAACGACCAAGGGCGAGGCCAUCUGCACAGCUGUCGCUCUGAUGACCACUGCCGUCAUCUCCACAUGUGACCACGGUGUGGUGGCCAAGAUCAAGAGGGUUAUCAUGGAGCGUGACACGUAUCCACGGAAGUGGGGUCUCGGACCAAAGGCGAGCCAGAAGAAGAUGAUGAUUCAGAAAGGACUUCUGGACAAGCAUGGGAAACCCAACGGCAGCACACCAAGUGCCUGGAAGGAGGGUUACGUGGAUUACAGUGCUGCGACGGUGGCAACCGAGUCAACCGAAGUGGCUGCAAAGAGGAAGAGGACGGCGUCAGACAGCGAGCCUGAGGUCCCCGCGUCUACAGAGACCCCGCUGAAGGAGAAGAAAAAGAAGAAAGAGAAAAAGGCCAAACUGGAAGAGGCGCCAGUGGAGGAAGCGGAGGCAGAGCCGGAGUCAGAGGGGGCAGAGAGUGCAAAGAAGAAGAAAAAGAAGAAGAAACAGAAAGAAGAGGCCUCAGAGUGAUGAAUGCAGAGGAGCCUUGAAAAGCUCUUGCCCCGUUAACUCCCGGGUCAGAGUUCUGGGAUUUGACUGUAACCAUGGACUUCCUGAAUGCAGAAGAGGACGUUUAGUUUUUAUACUUUUUUUUUCAGCUGUAAAUAUACCCAGAUGGGACUUGUCAUUUUGAAGAUUAAACAUCUUUGGUUUAUGUAUAUGGUUAUCUUGUUUGCCGCCAUCGGUGGUCGGUUCAGGAGGGGCUCCGUUGCAUGCUCUGGGAUUGUGAUUAAGUCAAGUUGCUCCUAGUGUUUGUGGGGAGAAGCUGCCACACACCGUUCACAGGCGGCCAGUCGCUUCCCCAGAUCUUGCUGGUUCAGACUCACAGGAUGAACCCGUCUGCCAGAGGUCCAGAGCAGCUCUUCUUCCUGGCUUUGUGUAUUAUUACUUGAACCGAUAUCAGGCACAUCGCCUUUAAUAACAGUCAAAUGUCUGGUCCUUGCUACAUGGCAGACAUGCGAAUAAAGGUAAUAGUGAACUGGACCUUCUGUUAGCCUAAACAAGCUAUGGAAAUGUACAAAUGGCCUGGACCUCAAAUGGCUACCUGGACAGUUUUUUUUUUUUUUGUUCCAAGUAAUUCAGACUGGAAAUAUACUUUUGAAAAAAACUUCGGUGCGUCGGCAUCAAAUGCCUUUUUACAUGUUAACAUCAGUGAUUUGGAAUGCGAGGCUUGACGAUGCGUUUUUAAUCGGGAAGAUGUUUUUAGACGUGUGAUGUGCUUCUCAAAUGUUUUGUUUCCGAGGACUCGAUG